CUACUGUGGUUAAUUGUAUUGUACGUAUCUUCGUUUUUUCUUCAAGUUGGGGGAAAGAAAAUUUUGGAUCGGUUGACUCUUCUUCAACUUCACUAAUCUUGGGAGAAAAAAAAUCAGAUCUUCGACUAUUAAGCGAAGCAUUUCAGCUGAAGAUUUGUCGGGCAACUUUAUUUUCUUGCUGGGGUUAGUAAGAAUCGUUUACAUCUUUCCGUUUUGUUGUUCUUCACUUUGAUCUUUGCAUUUUUCAUAGUCCCGGACGAAGAUUAGUUGAAGGGUCUGUUUAUUUUUGCCCCCAAGAUGGGGGAUGGGGCUGCGCCUUCUCGGUAUGUGAAAUUGAAGAAAGAUCAAGCGCCUUUGGAAGAUAUCAAGCCAGGGGAGCUUAACCAGCCUAUUGAAGUUCCUCAGUUAAAUGUAAGAAAAUGUAACGAGUGUGGACAGCCGCUACCUGAAAGUUUUGAGCCUCCAGCAGAUGAACCUUGGACAACUGGGAUUUUUGGCUGUGCAGAAGAUCCACAGAGUUGCUGGACUGGACUAUUCUGUCCAUGUGUUUUGUUUGGCCGCAAUGUUGAAAGCUUGAGAGACGACGAUAUGGAUUGGACGAGGCCAUGUGUUUGUCAUGCUAUAUUUGUUGAAGGUGGCAUUGCCUUGGCGGCAGCAACUGCAGCGUUCCAUUGCAUUGAUCCAAACACGUCUUUUCUCAUUUGUGAGGGAUUAUUGUUUACCUGGUGGAUGUGUGGUAUAUACACUGGACUCGUCCGCCAAUCUUUGCAGAAGAAGUAUCAUCUUAAGAACUCCCCAUGUGAUCCUUGCAUGACACAUUGUUGCCUGCACUGGUGCGCGCUAUGUCAAGAACACAGGGAGAUGAAGGGACGUCUAGCCGAUAACUUUGCGGUGCCAAUGACUAUCGUGAACCCGCCACCGGUUCAAGAAAUGAAGUCGGAAAAUGAUGAUGGAGGCACAACUUCAUCUUCCAACAUGGGCAAUGGGCAGACCAAUUUGGAAAUGCAGGCUCUGUAGAUCCCAUCGUAGAUAAGAUAACCACCACAGCAUACAUUAGAUAGUUUCAAUGAGCUUUUCUCAGACUUGGACCACCCCCGAGAGUCUAAUGAACUUGCACAGUCUUGAAUCAUUUAUAUUUUCAAUUUCUUUAAUAUUUUAUUUUUUUUGGCCUGAGUUAUAUACAAUUUUAUGGAGACUUGGUGGAAUAUUAUGGGUGGUGUGGUCAUUGCUUGUCGCUAUCUCUGAUUGUCUACAUUAUACGAAUAUACAAAUUUUGGUUU